UAGGAGAUGAUAAUGAGUUUAGUAACGGUGAUGGGCUUGUGGGGAGCGUGCAAUCUGUUGAAACCGUCAAGUCCUCCAAAAACCCUCUUCCCAAUUCCAAUUCCCAAAGCUCUGAAACCCAAAACACAACCCAAAUGGAAGCCAUUAGAGUGUUGUUUGAGCAAGAGGGACCUCAAUCUCUCAAUUGUUUCAUUGCUUUUGGCGGCUGCUUUACCAAACACCGUUUUCAAAGUAGUGGCUCAAGAGCUGGAAGAGUUUCAGAGGUACACUGACUCAGUGGAGGGUUUCACACUCCUCAUACCCUCUUCUUGGAUUAAGGUCGAUAAAGGGGGUGCCACUGUGCUGUUUGAAGAGGAAAACAAAGGAGUCAAUAAUGUGGGGGUUGUGGUGAGCCCAGUUCGGCUCGAAAGCCUCAAGCAAUUUGGGAGUCCUCAGUUUGUAGCAGACAAGGUUAUACAAGCAGAAAAGCGAAAGGAAAGCACAAAGGAUGCUGAGUUGAUUGGAGUUGCAGAGAGGUCAGGCCAGGGAGGCUUACAAGUUUAUGAGUUUGAGUAUAUAGUCGAUAGCACCAGGGGGGGAAUGAAGAGGAUCUUUUCAGCUGCAUUUGUGAACUCUAAGAAGCUCUACCUCCUAAAUAUUGCCCACAUAGAUAAACCAGAGAGUCCUCUGGACUCGCACACAAGAACAAUGCUGGAACAAGUUCUUCAUUCCUUUGAUGCGGCACCUUCGACAUAAAACAACAUUGCUGUGCAUUCUUUUAACACAGGGACAGUGGACUUCAUAUUCUAUGGCUCUGCUCAAUUUUUAUAAAGCCCGAGGUAAUCCUACUCAGUUAUCUCAUGUUAAACUAUUCCUAAGGGAAGGUAUUGGAUAGUUUUUUCAAUCAGAAUAUUGUAGGAGCAUUUGCAUCCUAUAUGGGAAGAAAUAAACCCGGUUUCUUUUUUUAUAUAUCAUUUGAUGGCUUAAAUUCUUCUCUAAAUGGGAUCAUCAGCAAAACUUGACUGGAAAUGAAAACUGUUUUCGAAAGGGGGAAUCCUGAAAUACUUAAAUAAUUUGUAUAGGCCGACCCAUGACAUUAUUGUGCCAUGGACUGUGUACAAAAAUUAGAGUGUCAAACUUGGACACAAAUCCAUCAUGGGUUUCAAGUAGUUGAAGCCCAUGGGACUAUAAGUACUAGGAUCAUGAAUUACAAUAUUGGUUUGUCCUAUUGUUUUGAGUCUCUCUCACCAUAUACAAUCAUCUUAUAUGCAGGUAGCAGCCAUGGAAAAAGGGUGGUAACUCAUGAGGGAAUCCAAAUGGGAGAGAAUCAUCCUUAAAUAUUCCUCUCAAAGCUAAUGUAUUUGUGUAAGAUUACAAAGAAUUUAUUCCAGUUUUUUCUUGGAAUACAAUAAUGUCGGGAAUCAGUGUUAGGAUGGUGGUGGCUGAUGGUAGCUGGUGGUAGCAGAGCUGCCAUAUCCCAACUGCUACUUGGUGUCGGAGUUGCUUUUUCCUGCUGAAAUUUGAAAUAACAAUGGCAGUAGGAUGUAUAAGCAGAUCAAUUGGUAUAUUUAUGGAGCCCUUCACAGCUUCCAGCUC